GACUUGCAUAUGGAAAAAUACGGACGUGAAAUGGUGGCAGAAACCUGCUUGUUUGCAAACAGUCUUCUAAAUUUCAUCCUUUGUGUUCAGCUGAACAAAGGAAUUGAUGCACAUGAUGACAAAACUGUGGUAUUUCGAUUACAUUCACUGCAUCUGUGAUAAAAAACGCGAACGCGAUCUCCUCCAUUGCUGACGUUUGCAGGCAACAAAACGGCGAGAUUCAGGAAGUGUCCGACUUCAAAUGUAUUUUUUGACCCCUCCCCUUACUGCAGCCGCGUAUUCUCGCCUAUAUUUCAGGCGAGCCAAAGUGCAUCUCAAACAAGCCUACAGACAGAAGGUUGGAAAAACACGGGUUACGGGUUGCCUGAAACGCGGCAUAAAUGUGUUUAUGUAUGAGUGAACACAUUUGAAUGUUUGUCGGGCAAUCGGUGUGGGAGUCAUAAGUCAUAAACGAUUAUAACAUCGAGAAAAAAACACCUCACUUUUUUUUACACGCAGCAGCCAUGCACCUCCCAAAAUUAUACGCCAUCUUAUUUACAUUCGUUGGUGGUGUCAACAUAGAAACAGAAAAUACUUUUGUUUCAACAGAAUCUGCAAUAGUUUUAAAGUGAUGCCAUUUUUCAUUUUCGUCCCAGUGUGGGUUUUACUGCUUGGUGCAUCAGGCAUUGAUGCAGACAAGGUAUCAUUGUUUGUGAUGGUGAGAGAUUCAGUCACUCUACACAGUGAUGUUAAAACACAUCAGCAGGAAAAGAUUAAAUGGUAUUUUAAUGACACUCGCAUUGCUCAAAUCAGUGACUAUCUCAGUAAGACCUGUACAGAUGUUCAGUGUAAUGAAGGUACUGAGAGAUUCAGAGAUAGACUGAAAGUAGAUGAUCAGACUGGAUCUCUGACCAUCAUAAACACCAGAACUACAGACUCUGGAGUUUAUAAACUUCAGAUCAUCAGCAGCAGCAGCAUGAGUGAGAAGCUCUUUAGUGUCACUGUCCAUGAUGUUCCUGGUGCCGAGACGGAUAAAAUGAAGACCAAGUCAGUGAAGAAGGGAGAUUCUGUCACUUUAGAUUCUGGUGUAAUUAAAAGCCCAAAUGAUUUGAUGAUGUGGUAUUAUAAUGACACUCAUAUAGCUAAAAUAGCUAGAGAUUCCAGUGAGAUCUGUUCAGGCGAUGAGUGUGAAGAUGCUGGCGGGAGAUUCAGAGACAGACUGAAGCUGGAUCAUCAGACUGGAUCUUUGACCAUCACAAACACCAGAACCACAGACUCUGGAGAUUAUCAUCUUGAGAUCAUCACCAACAGCAGCAGCAUCCGCCGCCAGUACAGCAUCAGAAUUAUCAGCGAAAAGAGCCUUAGUGGAACUGGCUCUAAUGGGAUUGUGUUUUUGCUUGCUAUAGCAGGAUUAUGCGUUGGUGUUCUGCUGGUGGUUGCAGGUGUAUCUGGAGAGUGUCGCAGAAAACUUGCCUGUGUAAAGAGUUUCUUCUAUCCAUCGACAAAUCAAACAGCUGUCCUGUAACUGCAUGGCGGCACAUUUAAACCAUCUCAUAAUUUACUGUGAAAAAACAUAAAGAGACAUUCCCAAAAUUUUUAAGAAUUUUUUUUUUCUUAGUAGUUAUGUACACGGUAUAAUGUUACAUCUUACAUUGGUAAAUGAAUGUUUACUGCAUUAUAGUGUCAUGUGUGUUACCAUGAUGGUGUUUUCUGUUUGUAUGUAUAGCACUGUGCACCUUCUUUUCCUCAAGUUGUGAAAAGCUAAUCGUGAUGAACUUUAUGGUGGAUGUCAGUAUUUGUAAAAAAUACAAAACGGAUGUUAGUAACAGCAUAUCCUUGUUAAUUCGGCAGAAAAUGGCAUUUUUUUUUUUUUUUUUUUUUUUUU